CGUGGGGUGCUGAGCGCUUGCAAAGCCUUCCUCCCCCAAUCCCAGCAAGGAACCGCCACUCACUCAACCCGACUUGUGAAUGGCUUCAUUGAAGAGAAAUGGGCUGGGUUUAAGUGCACAAAAGUCCGAAUCCCUCUUGGCUUGGCAGUGGCGAGACGGGAGACACAACGUGCGGGCUAGGAGAGAGAGAGAGAGCUUCCAGCCAAUCCCCCACCCCCACCCUCCACGACCGGCCACCAGUAUCCCACCAUGUCUGUGAUGCUCAACGAUGCCCCCCAAGGAAGAAAAGCACUCCGUCUACUGAAAGCUGAACAAGAAGGCAGGUUAGAAGAAAUCAACAAAGAAUUUCUCUGCGACCCAAAGUUUAGCAAUGAAGAGGACCUGGAAGAAAAGCUUGUGGUUUUUAAAGAAAAAUACAUGGAGUUCGACCUGAAUAAUCAAGGCGAGAUCGAUCUCAUGUCGGUGAAAAGGAUGAUGGAAAAACUGGGGACGCCCAAGACCCACUUGGAGCUGAAGAAGAUGAUCUCCGAAGUCACCGGGGGGAUCAGCGAAACCAUCUCGUAUCACAAUUUCAUCACCAUGAUGCUCGGCAAGCGGUCGGCCGUCUUCAAGCUAGUCAUGAUGUUUGAAGGCAAAAGUCAGGAAACCGCCCCCAAAUUUUCGGGUCCCCCUCCAGAGAGAGAUCUCUCAAGUCUUCCUUAAAGGGAUAAGAAAAUACGGAACAUUUUCACCUCUGACCAUGACCACAAGAUCUCUGCUCCAUUGCUUUUAAACCGGCCCGUUUUAAAGACUCCAUCCAAAAGAACUGCAAGCAAAAAUCCACAGGAUGUCAAAAUGUCACAGAAUAAUUUUUAUUCUCAAUUCUAGCAAGCCCCGUCAUUCUCCAGAAUGGGAGCAAAAUCCAGGUUUCAAGGGGCGUUUUUCAACAGAUCGGUGCUCUCCAAAGCCCUCCGUUUUCUCUCAAACCUGAAACAAUUCAGAAGUUCUUCGCCAUCACUUCAAAGCAAAAAGGGAAAAUCAGAGACGUUUUAGCCUGGAUUCAGAAUCAGUCCUAAGCCGGAUGGGGCGGACUUGAGUGACAUCGUGGCUAGUUUUGGAGUUGGGGGUCUACAAAUGAAAAAAAAAAUCGGUUUUGCAGAACAACCACAAAAGUUCUAAAUGUCUUCUCGAAGUAGCUUUCCUGAUUUCUGAAGAUCUUUUCCUUCUGUCAUUCUUUAAAAUGCAAACGUUUUCACAA